UUUAAUUAAUUGAAUAAUAUGGCUUUAAAUCCACCAAUUACUUAAACUGGAGUUCCAUUAAGAGUUGAUCAAGAGUUCUUUAUACUGUAUAGAAAUGAAAUGGAAGGAGAAUUUAAAAUUGAAAAUAUUGGUAAGUUUAGUGCUAGAGGAAAAGUAAGAAUUUUUGUUUAAAAUAAGGUAUACGUAACAACAUGUAGAAUAGUAUUCGUAAGUGACAAAUUUUAGAAAGACUCAUUUAAGUCUUUUGAUAUUCCUUUGGCUUAUUUAAGUGCAGAGAAAUUUCAGUAGCCAAUAUUUGGAAGUAACUAUUUGGAAGGGAACGUGGAUCCUUUAUACAAUCUAUUACCAGGAAAAACACAUUUUAAAUUAUGGUUCAAAGCAGGAGGUUAGAAUAUCUAAUGACAUUAGGAUGUGAUAAGUUUUUAAAGAUACUAGUUAGUGUGUUAACAUAAAUUAGAAGAUAGAGAAGUUCUGGAUAACGAGUUCCUGAUGCUCGAAUGAUGGAAAACUUUGCAAGAUCAUAGAGUCAAGCCUAUAUUGAUCCAAAUGAUCCAAGUAUUAUCUAUGUAUAGCAACCUCAUUUAAAUUAAUAAUCUUAUGGAAAUACUACAUGGGGCAUUCCGUAAAAUCCAACUUAGGUUUCUCCAAUUGGUGGACCUAAUUAUGGAAUGCCACAAUAAUAAUAUUAACAAUCCCCCAUAAAUACACAGUAUUAAUAGCCUCCAUAAAACAAUUAACAAUUUUCACAGAUGCCAUAAUAGAAUGUCUAAAACGGUCCUUAAAUGGGUAUUCCUGUAAAUUACAAUAAUGGUUAUUAAGAAUAUCCUUAAUUAAAUAACAAUUAACCUUAACCUUAAAUCUAAUAACCUAAUCAAAAUAAUAAUUAAGUUCCAAAUCCUUAUGUUCAUUAAAAUUAAACAUAUAAUUAGCCUAUUAAUCCAUAUCUUUAAGCUAAUCAAUAGCAAUAGUAUUAAUAACCUCAAUAAACUUAUGAACAACCUUAAUAAUAAGCCUAUUAAAAUUAAGUUCCUUUAAAUUAGAAUUUAUAAUAUCCUCCUCCUCAAUAGGAUUAAAAUCCUUAUGUUUAAGUUCCAGCAUAAAAUAAUGAUUAAGUACCUUAAAAUUAGCAAUAACCAGAUUAAGUUAGAAAUUAACCAAAUACAGCCUAUUACUUCGGUUUUUGGGGUCCAUAAUUACAAUCUAACUAAAAUGCAGUAUUAUGAAAAUUUAAUAAGAUAUAUAUAAUUAU